GCUCCACCGACUACAGUGACUCGAUAGCUAUGAAAAGAAAUAUAAAUGAUAUAAAAACGUUUAUCGUGUUCUGCAUGUAUCAUGAUGUAUACAAAUGCAACAGGUUGCAAUGAAUGCUGGACAUGAGAAAAUAACAUAUUGGAAAAACUUGGUUAGCCUAAAUGAUUAUUAAACUCGCUAUUCAAACAAAACAUACUGAUCCAAGCAGGAAUUCAAUAUUUUCAUUAUUGGAUUGAACUACUAUAUCGAUUUAAAUUAUUCCAGGUUUAGUUAAGGAUAUGGGAAUGCACAGUAACAUUUAUUUUACUUGAUUGAGAGGUUAUGGAAAAUAUAACACGUUACUUCGUGUGACUGCUGUCUGUAUUAAAGUAUCAGUGGUCCAUGAUACCACCAGAAAUUCACUAAAAGCUGAAGCGUCCCAGCGGGGAUGGCUUUCACAUGGUGUGACAAGUACUGGGGCUGAGUUCAGUCAUGUGGAUGAUUUCAAGGCAGCGGGGAUGGAAACGAUCGGUUUCAUCGGGUCAUUAGCUGGUUUUCUUCUGUAUGUGAUAGCGCCAUUGGCACUAUUUCUAAAUGCUAAGAUAGGGACGCGAUUCACUGCUUUACUCGGUGUCAUCAUUUCAUCAGCGGGUCUGGUAGGAGCGGCUUGGUCCACUGAAAUAUGGCAUCUAUUCCUCACGUACAGUGUCCUGUUCGGUGUUGGUGCCAGCUUGUCCACACAUCCUUCCUUUCUUCUAGUGGGCGAAUACUUCCCAAGAAACAACAAGUACCACAUAGCGGCCACGAGCAUGGAGGCAAUAGGGGGAGCAUUGGGUCAUGUAAUUAUACAGCCGCUUUCUGAAAUCUUCAUUCAACAUUAUGGCUGGUCAACUACAUUCCUCAUCUUUGGAGUUACGGAGUUUAUAGUUGGUACUGUGACGUGUGCCACGUUCCGCCCGUGUUCAACUAGUGGCAACACAGAAACAACUGCUCUGUUAGAUGACUCACCCGAGGAAAACAGUCCCAUUGAGAGCACGGAACUGUCUCCAGUAGAUAAAACUACAAAAGACGCAAACACAUUCUCUUCAGAGUCAGAGAAACAUGUCAUCAAUGAGAACCAUGACAAUGUUGACGAUAAGCAAAUGACACCAGGAACUUUGCCAUUUAAUGGCUAUAGUAUACUCAUGCUAUUUGUUGUUUUAUGGCUGAUUGGAUGUUUCUCAACCAGUCUGGCGUAUUAUGCCCAUUCAAUAGUCAUAGUGAAAUAUAUGGAAAAGAGUCUAAACAUAGACAGUUGGCGAGGGGCGCUGACCAUAGUGUGGCUGGGUAUAGGGGAGAUCAUUACCCGAUUGGUCACAUGUAUCUUCGGAGAUCGCAUUAAAGGAAGACUCUUCUGGCUGUACGUCUUCUGCAAUAUAGCUCUAGUCUUGGAUAAUGUAGCAGGCCUAUCUGGCAGAGAUUUCAUGCACAUGUCAAUCUUUACUUCAGUGAUGGGGCUAGCUGCAGGUCCAAUGUGGGCAGCAUGGUACGGGGCAUGCGGUGACGUACUCUUUGGCCAACACAUCCCUCUGUUGUUUACACUUACACGUUCUAUGAAUGGAAUAGGACUUGGACUCGGACCACUCAUCGCAGGUGUCAUCUACGAGUCUACGGGCAGUUACAGAAAUGUGUUUUUCCUCAACUGUGGUUUGUAUGGAGCGGCUGCCAUAUUCUUCCUAUUACUUAUCAUACUCCAGCGGCACCUCUACCCAGACUAUACCUACGGUGGCGAAUAUUUCAACCUGGCGGUAAAGUCUGAUAGGAAGAACAAUAAUGCUGGGACAAGCAAUAACACAGAUGAUAAUAGCAGGCCACACAUACAAAUGGAUCCUGUGUUGACGUUGUCUUCCAAAAAAAGUCCUUAUGAAAAAUUGGAAUAAUUCUUGGGUAAUAGCUAAAGUAAAUGUUAUAUGUAUUUUUAUAUUUAUUUUAAUUUUUCUUUUUUAGAGUGACUUACAAAAAUAGUUCAGUAAAUAUGUAUAUUAUACUUAUAAAAUACAAAAUAUACAUAAUAUUAUAUAUUUUUCGAUUCU